GAAGUACUGUACGGAAGAGUUUCAAUCCACGUGUGGAAGUAAAACAAAUACGGAAAUCCAAGAUGUUCUUGUAGAACACACUUUUACUGGCGAUAAUCAUGAAAAAGUGUGAAGUGUGCUCAGAAGUGGAGGCAAAGUAUCGCUGCCCAAGGUGUGAGCUACAAACCUGUUGCCUGAAAUGUGUUCGCCAACACAAGGAAACAUCCGGGUGCUCCGGGUUGCGAGAUAAAACUGCCUUCAUUGCCGUAACAGAGUUUAACGACAGACAUCUUUUAAAUGACUACAGAUUCCUAGAAGAUUGUGGCAGGAAGAACAGCAAUGCUUCAAGAGAUCAGCUGAAAAGAACAAGCAACAAACCAAAUUUUUUGAAAGUUCUAGAGAAUCAGGCACGUAACAGGAAGGUGCGCCUGCGGCUGAUGCCGUAUCCAAUGUCUAAGAGGAAGCAUAACAGCACUAUGUACCAACACAGACUGAAGACCAUCUUGUGGCAGGUGGAAUGGCGCUUCCCAGAGGUUGAAUACUCCACCAUUGAUAGAAGAGUGCCAGAGACCCACAUUCUUGGAGAUAUUUUAGACAAACAUUUUAGCGUUGAUGCAGACCCCGUAGUGAGGCAUCGAUUGAAGCGCUUCGUAGAGGACAGGGAACCUAGCUGUCUGGUGCUCAUGGAGAGACGUGGUGCCACCCAAUCAGAUACAAGUUAUUAUCAACUAGACUUGAAGAAGACACUAGCAGAAAACCUACAGGAGAAGGAGAUUGUUGAGUACCCUACAUUGACUGUAGUGACCCAGGGCAAAUUAUCUGAUUAUAAAAUAGUCUCGUGUGAUAUUCUAACAAAUGACUUGAAAACAUCCGAUGGAAAGCAACCAGGACUAAAAGAUAAGGAAGAAGGCGAAAACAGGCUUAGUGAAAAAGCAUUUGCAUAAAAAUACCAAAUCAGGUCGCGUCACUGCCUUAUGCAAAGAUACUUGCUGUCACAUUUGGGUGGUUGUAUAUAGCAUUGUUUCUAAUUUGACAGGUUUACUGUUUUGUUAAUGAUGUAAUUU